GGGUGGAGUAGAGUAUGGCUCUUGGGAAACGCUGUUUUAAAAACCCCUCCUCGCGGUUGCAGUUCUACCUUUGUUGACAAAAUGCUGUGAGAGCAAAGCCAAGGGAGGCUUUGUUGUUGCGACCUGUCUUUGGAUCUUCCUUCCCGUUACUUGACCUUGCCGGAUGGAGACUUCGGAUGAUCCACAGAUUGAACUCCUUCUGCAGCCUUGGGCUUCGGUUUGUUUUUCUGAGCCUACCAAACUGAUGGCUAAGGCUUGGUUUUGUGAUUCUAGCUAUAUCUUGCUCCUCUCUGACCUCAGUAAUAUGUGGUAUGAAAGUGCAAAUACUGAAGUAAUACAACAGAGGUCAAAGGAGCUGAAUAAACGGCUAACUGCUCCUGUAGCCUCCAUCCUGAACUGCCUGCGCAACCUGUUAUCUCCUCUUCUGGAAGGGAAAGAAAACAGCUCUGUCUCCUUCUCCUGUCAGCUUAGCUCCAGCACAUUGAUACUCCAUAUGAAGAGUGAACUUCUAGGGUUGCCCUUCUACUGGGAUUUUCACUGUGGGGCAGCACCUCUUGAGAUGAUGUCCCGCCACCUUCUGAGGCCUCUCAUGGCAAUGAGUUUGGGCUUGCAUGAUCAGGUGCAGGAGUUGGCAUCUUUGCUGCUCCAGAAGGAUGCAGAGAUUGAGGACUAUCGGGAGAGUGGCGCUACUCUCAGUCUAGAACGUCUAAAGACAGAACCCUUUAAGGAAGAAUCUUUCCUGCACACAUUUGAGACUAAGACUUUGCCCCAAGCCUGCUGCCUGGGAGAUGGACGCUUGUUCACUUCUAACCUAAAAUCGCUCUAUUUGGCAGUAACCCAGCAACAAGCCAGAGCUGCUUGCAAACGGCACCAGGCAGAACCAGAAGACCCUGGAUCCCUUAACCAUGCUGCUACCCAGGACCCUACAGAAAAGUCGAUAGAUUUGCCAGUGACGGAAGAAAAGACAGAGACUCAACUGCCAUCUGCACAGCAUUUGGAAGAAGCAACGGUCCCAUCUUCCCAAGCCCAGAAAGCACAAAUGCCUGUUGUCAAGACUAAAAGGAAGAAGGCGAAAGGGCUGUUUGGCUGAUGCAACUGAUCACUUUACAUAGACAGGGGUGCUGAUGCAGUUUUGAACUCCCCUUUGUCUUCCUGGAAUGUCUAGAGA